AUGGUGAAUUUCAAGUCUCGAUCCAACAGUUUCCCAACGCAAUCUCACUCUGCAGUGGAAUCCCUUGAGGCUCAGCUCUGCAGGUUGAAGUCCUCAGAAGCAGCGUCAACAUCUGCCUCAUAUGUCUGUGCAAAGUUGGAUGGUCUCAGAGUCUUACAUGAGGCUAUAAAAGGCAAAAUUCCGAUGUCUUCAAUCCAGCAAGAGCUCUCUCGCAAACAAGGUCAGGAGUUGAUAAACGAGUUGCUCGAGGGAUCUCUCAGGCUUGUGGAUCAUUGUCAACUUUCCAGAGACAUUGUGCAACUUACCAAGGAAUCUGUUCAAGAUCUUGAGUCCUCAAUCAGGAGGAAUAAAGGAGAAGCAGCAUGCGGAGUUGACUUUAGCUCUUAUGCCACUUCAAGAAACAUGAUCAAGAAGAUGAUCAACAAGUGUGUCAAGAAUUUGAGGAGCUUCAACAAGAAUUCUACAGAAGUCACAGGCUCAGACUGUGACCUUAAUGCAAUUGGGACUUUGCUUAAAGAAGCAGAGGUCCAAGCUUUCUCAGCACUAAACUCUGUAUUUAUACUCCUGUCUGGAGAAAAGGAAAGAUCAAACCAAAGAAGCUGGUCGUUUCUUUCGAAGCUCACGAAGAUCAACAAUGUACAUUCAAAGGUUGAGCAAGAAAACAAUUUCGAGGAGUUGUACUCCUUGGACUUUCCCAAGUCACAGAGAGGCAUGGACAGCAUUGCCUUGCAAAAUGUAUCGAAGCAGCUGAGAGCAUCAGAAAUGAUAAUACAGGAACUUGAAGAGGGAUUGGAAGCCUUCUUCAGGAGUUUAGUUAAAACUAGAGUUUCUCUUCUCAACAUUCUUAGCUAUUAG